CGCCAUUAACUUGACUGGAGAGCAAAAGAUUAAAACAGUUUGAUCAGCUGCGCGUGAUGAUUUAGAAAAUGCAGGCUAUUAAUAAGUAAAACAUACACUCAAUUGGUAGUUAAUUUUAUGUUAACCUUGCUGGUGCUGUUUAUGAACUCGAUGCAGCUGCUAUUCGUUUCAUUACCAAAACAAUAAGACAUAGAACACUUAUUAUUGAAAUACGGCUGUAGGUCAUCUUGAUAAUGUUUUUGUCGGGCGUUAAACAACUAGGAUUUCGGAUGCAAAUUGCUCGACUCGGGACUCUCACUGGUAAAGUUGAAACACACCAGGAUGUAAUAAAAACAGGGCAUCGCGAGACCGAUGUUGGACAGUACGAAAAAGCAAGGUCAUUUGAUACGAUUCCCGGGCCUAAAGGAGUCCCCGUGUUCGGUACACUGUUUCAGUAUACAAGGGGUCCAUACAGUGUCGAUUUUUACCCCGACGCCCUGGUUGACAGAUACUACAAAUAUGGCCCAAUAUUCAAAGAGACAAUCGCUGGCAAAACGAUAGUUCAUAUCUUUGAUCCCGAUGAGAUCAAAAAAUUAUAUGCUACAGAAGGGAAGAACCCACAUAUUCCACCACUUUUGGAGACAGUCAAGAUGUACCGGAAAUACCGAGACAUGUCCCCAGGGCUGGGUAAUGUGAAUGGCGAGGAAUGGUACCGCUUGAGGAGUUCCGUGCAGAAGCUUAUUAUGCAGCCCGUGUCGACGGCAAAGUUUCUCCCGAUGGUAAACGAAGUCGUAGAUGACUUUAUAACAAGAAUAUACAAAAUUCGGGCUUCGAUGGGAGAGAUCAACAACUUCAACUUUGAAUUGUCAAAGUUCGUAUACGAAUCCUCAACCUACACGUGUUUUGAAAAACGCCAGCGCAUCCUGAAUGAUGAAAAGGGGAGUCACACAGACAAAUUAAUAUCGUGUAAUAGAGCAAUGUUAGAUCUGUCAACAAAACUGAAAUUCCAACUGCCAUUCUACAAAUAUAUCAACACACCAACAUGGAAGAAGCUUGUGGCAUCCGAAGAUUUCUUUUACAGGUUUGGACAGACACUGGUAGAUGAAACCGUUGUUAAAAUGAACGAGCUAUCCGAAAGUGGUGAUUUGAAAAACGGUCAGUAUGUGUUUUUGAGUUACCUACUGGGAAAGAGAGAGUUACGUUACAAAGACUUGAGCAUAGUCACCCUAUCGAUGUUCAAUGAUGGUUUGAGCACAACUGCCCCAAGUCUAGUGUGGCAACUUUAUUGCAUAUCAAAACAUCCGGAGAAACAAGAAAAACUGUACGAAGAAGUUAAGGAUUUAUCCGAGAAAUCUGAACCAAUCUCUGCCAAAACACUGACGAGGCUUCCCUAUCUAAAGGCUUGCAUUAAAGAGGGAUUUCGACUCUUCCCCAUUGCCCCCGAUGUUACGCGGGAACCAACGAAGGACAUCGUCAUAAGUGGUUACCAAAUACCUAAAGGAACUUACUUGAGUCUAAACAACAACCUUUUGUUGAGGCUACCGGAAUUUUUCUCAGAGCCAAAUGCAUACAAACCGGAGAGAUGGAUACGUGGUGACUCGACCGAUCCCAUCCACCCCUACGUUGUCUUACCUUUCGGUCAUGGCACAAGGAUGUGUGUUGGACGGAGAGUUGCCGAGCAGGAAAUGUACGUGAUGCUGAUCAAGCUGUUACAGCAUUUUAAAAUAGAAUGGAAUUCUUGUGAAGAAAUGGGAAGAAAGUAUAGGACGCUAUUUACACCUAGCACAGAGGCAAAGUUCAAAUUCAUUCCGAGGGAGUAGAUGAUGCAUUACCUAAAGAACAGAUCUUUAUUAUUCGAUUAGGGAUUGAAUCACGUUAGAAAAAUGAAUCUGUGUAUAUUUUAUUCGAAGCGUUAAUUCGUCUGUAAAUGAGGGCGAAUACCAAUAUUGAAAUUUGAUAAAUCAGGGGCAAAUAAUUAACCUACAUGUAUUUUUACUACAUUAUAUACAUUUACGUUUUGCAUAUAUAAUUAUAUAUUUUGACCUUGACAUUUAAACUUUCAAAAGGAGGUUAUAUUCUACCGUUUCGUCCAGCAUUAAACUCAAAAUAAAGAUUUUGAAAAUUCAAGAACUUUCUUUUAAAGAACAGUGUAAGAGGAUCAAUAAAUGGUAGACAUAUAAUUCAUUUUUGUUGCAGAUUGAAAUCGCGAGAAAAGUUUUGUCGGGUGUCAUGCUGGGUCAUGGUUGAAAUUGUUUCAUCCUGCAUUACCCCCAAAAAAUGCUUUCGAUGUAACUUAGGUACCAUUCGCGAAUUAAGCUGACGCCUGAUGGUUUAUUAACCUACUAUU